GUCACUCCACAGUCUUGUUGCAUGGAAAAGGAAUGCUUCGUCGAAAGAAAAAGGGAAAGGAACGGUCUAGCGAGCUCACUGAUCAAUCUCCAAUCACCUUUCGUAGAUCGGUGCAGCGUUCAUCACUGGCCGUUGGACGGAUGUAGCUUGUGAUCACGGAAAAACCAAAAAACACAUUCUACCAUCUCCAUGGCGACUGCUUGCGCGUUGUGCUCCGUCGCCGUGCUCACCUGGUUCGUCUUAAUCGCCGUCCUGGUGCUGAGCUUUUUCGUCGACAACGGCACCGUCCAGAUGCGCGUCACGGCCAGCUAUGCUCUGGUCGACUGCGCCCCGCCGCCGCCGCCGCCAUCAUCAGCCGCAAGAAACAGCAGCGCCUUCCGCGAAAGCCUCCUCCCGCUCCUGAUCGCCCUGCCUGCCGCCGCCGCACCGCAUGGAUUCGCCUCCCUUCACUCCGACGACCACGGCGUCUUCGUCCGCGGCAUCUGCCUCGGCUUCGACCACACCAGCAGCUGCCACGCGUGCCUCGUCGCGGCCGCCGAGAACCUCACCAGCAGCUGCCUCGGCGCGAGCCGCCGCGGCGGAGCUUGGAGGAGCGAGAGCUGUUUCGUGGCCUACGCCGACACGAACACCUCCUCCGCGCGGGAGGACGCCUUCCGUGACGUCGUCUUCUCCGGCGAAGACCCGGGAGGAGACCCCAACUGCUUCGACACGCGGAAGCUCGUCGCGCUCGCGCGGUCCAUGGCGCGGCGCCGCGCCGCGAAGGUCUUGGGCGCGCAUGUGUUCAGGGACGCGGCCACACUAACGAGGAGGAGCGUCGCCGCCGCGCAGGACACGGUGCGCGUGUUUCCGGACGUCGCCAGGGGGGACACCAGGGUGCGCGUGCUGGCGCAGUGCGCGCGGGACCGCGCCGGCGCGGCGGAGUGCGCGCGGUGCCUGGGCGACGCGGCGAGGCAGGUGCCGCCGUGCUCCUGGGGCCUCGACGGUGCGCACGUGCGCGUGGCGGACGUCGUCGGGUACAGCUGCUUCCUGCGAGUGGAGACGUUGGUUAAGCCGCAGCCCGUGGCGACAUGGCGGAGUCAUUUUUUGGAUAUGGCAACGAACGUCCUGGUAGCGCUCGAAGUUUUUGCAACAGUUCUUGCCGCAGUAGCAUCAGGUGCGCUGGUUUAGCACCACGCGGGUUUGGCUCUCUCGUCGUCCUGGGUGAUAUACUGGUUGAUUGAGGACUUCAUAAUCUCGAAUCGGUUGAUAAUUAGUCAUCUAUGUUCUUAUGUUUUCCUUGAACUGCAGUCCAUACUUGCUGUGUUUUGCAUACCUGCAGCGUGGUUGUUGGCUUUUUUUUGUUGUUGAGGGAAUGCAGCGUGCUUGUUGAUUUCUGCUUGUUUUCUAAGAAAUUUUCAUCUGGAAUCCAUGCCUAAAUCGGUGCACACACCAGGGAUGGUUGAAUGAAUACAAGGUAUUAC